GCAAGAGACUUUAGGUGACUAUUUUUACUUGUGGCAACAUUAUAGUUAUUGAUGUAUGCAGUGGGCGGGAGGGUGAAUUUUCCUCCUUUUUCCCCCGCGCAGUUUGGGUGCGCGACGGGUUUGAAAUAUACGUAGUUACAAAUAGAAAAUAUUUGCUGAAUUUAUUUAAAUCUAUAAAACGGGAAAUAUACGCCAUUGAUCAUGACUAUAUUAACGAAGCCGAAUGCUUUCAUCCAAAUAAAGAAGGACAUGGCAAAAUGUCCCGUGCCCGACGAAGCUAUUUUAGUGGAGGAGGAGAAGGUGGAAACCUACACCCCUAAGCCGACCCCAUGCGGUGGUGUGAGCGUGGGGCUGAUGGUGAUCCUCCUCUCCGUUGUGGGGAUCUACUCGGGGAUGUACCUGUUCCGGCGCUGCCUGCAGCCGCAGCCGCGCUACCAGGGCUUCUGCUCCAUCCCUAUUGAUACCAAGCAGUUGCAGGAGUCAGCUCUGAUCGAGCCGAACUACCGCAUGCUCCCCAUCCGCUGGUCGUCCUCCCCCGAUCCCGACGUGCAAAUAUUCGCGCCCGACGACUCCACCGCGAACGACGUCGCCAACUUCCUCCGCGAGGAGCUGGACAUCGGCGACGAGGUGGAAAAGAUCACCGUGUUCGAUAAUGGACGGCAGACCAGCUUCAUUCACGACUUUGGCGCUAACUUUACUGGCAUUGUGGACACCGACCGCUGCUUUACCAUGGAGCUGGACCCUCAGCUGGUGCUCGCUCCGGAAGCCUUCGUGCUGAGCAUCCAGCAGGGCGGGGACUUCGACGUGACCCGCGUGCGCUCCACGCUCCGCGCCCUCCUGCCGGCUCUACCACGUCGCAUCCUGCCUGAGCUGUGCCGCGCCAAGCCUGUCUACCGUCUGCAGAGCUCCGAGACGACCAUCCGCAAACGCUCCGUGGAGGGCGCGCGGGCCGACUUCGUGCAGUUCUCCGGCCGACACAUCCACGAGAUCGAGAUCGAGAACCUCCACGAGCUCCUCCAGAACGAGGCGGAGAACUAAACUCUCCCGAGGCGUCAGCGGAGUCCGACAGGAAUCUAACUUCACGAGAAACUAAACAGGUUAUCAGUAAACACUUUCAUGCUUAGUGUCGAACCGAGCUAACUUUGCUAGUAGCAGAAAAAACGUCAAAUUUCUAUAAAAAUAUCUCGGAAUAUGUAGAUCAUUACGGUUUCACUCACUAUUAUUUCUUUUGGCGACAUGUUUCGGACUCUUCGGGAGGCCUUCCUCAAGCAUGAAUGUCCGCGGCGGCUGUACUCCGCAAAAAUACUUCGGUUUAGACAAUUAUAUUACAAGACAUCGCAGGAGAUGUAGAACUACAUGGAUUUCCGUCAUACAUAAAGAAAGGAGGUUUUUGAGAUAAAACCCUAUUUGAGCCAGACGACCCAGAAAAAACCUUAAGACUAAGGAUUAAGAAAACUGAACCCAAAUAGAGAUAGGAAUAAGACCUGAACAAGAAGAAGGUUAAAAGACGGAUGCAGAGUUAGCUUGGUCCGACUAUACUAGAAUGACAGUUUAAUCACAAUCUUUCCAACGGAUCUGUUAGACGGACAAUAAAACUGUGAUUCUAGUAUCUGAGAUAGAAACAGCUUACAAAUAGCAAUUAUAGGGUUGGUUACAGAAUCUUUAAAAAAUUCAAGUCCCAUUGGACUUGCGCCGCAUCACUGAUAUACAUGUAUGUAGACAUAUAAAUGCUUAGGGCUCAAUCUAGACCUAAAGGAUCUAACUGCUGGGAUUAAAGUUAACAACAGAGGCAGGCUCUUACCUACACAACUAGAAUCUUUAGGGCUUGAUAAACCUUAACAAUAUUCAGACGGAAGUUUACAAAAUUAUAAACAGAUUUCAAUAGUGAAAGAUAUAGUCAGUAAAGGAUGUUGCUGGUUUGUUACUCAUUCCCAUUUCCAAACCAGUUCAUCCUGUGAGAUUAUAGAAAUUCUAAUACAUUUAAAGGGGUCUUGGCAUUGUAUGAAGCACCUGGUUUUCCUGGUGAGGUAUAAAAGAGGUUGGAUUUAGAAAAGAGGACAAGUUGGAAAAUUAAGCAAAAAUCUGGUUUAGGUUUUCAUUGAAAAUCUUUAAAAAACUAGUCUGAGACGGAGAUAACAAUGAACUUAUAGAAAUCAGAAACAAUUGCGACAGGUAAAUUUUAUUCUUUAAGUCUUUGAGAUCUUGUAUGAUGGUCAACUCAUAUUCGUUGAAUUAAGCACAGGUAAUUGUUAAAUUAAUGACGUAUGACAGUUGGAUGACAAAAAGAAAGGUGUCAAAAAUAUCACAGCUUUUGCAAUUCAAACAUUCUGUUUGUAAAAUAUAAACUUCAAUCAUCCACACGGUUGGCUAACAAAUCGUAAAUCUUAUAACAAAGGCAUAAGAUAUACAGAUGGCCAGUUCAUUGUGGCUGUUAGUUCAUAUUAGUAUUCUGUCUGUUGCUGUGGGAAAUCAGACGUGUGACUCCUAAAUCAGACUUGGCAAACAUCUAGCGUCGAAUGACACGUCUUAUUUCCGUCAUCUUCACCAGAAACUCAUGAACUUCCUGCAAAUAGCAAAUGCUUGUUAGUUUCUACAAAGUUGUGUUUAAGAAGCAUUUAAAAAGAUCAAGAAAAUAUUCAAGAUGUUUAUAAUGAAGAAAAAGGUUUUAAUGAAGGUCGUACAAGUUUCAAAAUCUCCGUCUUCCAAUGAAUUUCAAGAUUUGCUGUUGUAAAAUCAAAAUUGAUCGGUGGGACAUUUCAAAUAAGUUUUCUGAGGAAAAACAUUCACAUUAAGUGUGUCCUUUUUGUGUGGUUUAACAACAUCGCACACUGGUCCAUUUAACGCGCAAAAAGGAUACUACAGAUUUGUGAAAUUAAGAUUAAUAAGGUGUUGAAAUUUGACUAUGCUGAAACUAAGUUUCAAUCUGGAUGGAAAUGACAAGUUUAGGAACGAAGCACAAAAUCUCUUGGGAAUUAGGAUAGGGCAAACAAAUAUUUAUAAAGUAAGAUGUUCUAAAUGUAAUCAUCUUAGAAAGACCCAAUGAAUUCAGGUCACAAACUGGGAUGGUUUAUUAAAUAUGCAGUAUUGCGUAGUAAUGGUUUAGAGGGUGAUCACAGAUUCUGAUCAAUAAUGUAAACUUAGCAUUAAGAUUGUAUUUGAUGGUACUCUAAUGGGUAUGAGUCGUGUUGGAUUCCAUUGACGUCACAUUCCGAUUCUAGCUAUGUAAGUCUACCUGAGAAGAUGGAUUGAAGAUCGAAAGAGUCUUUCUCCUCUUUUGAGGAUCAACAUUCCAUUUUCAUCUUCAAACCAUAUUCUGACGAAAUAAAAUGAAUUAUUUAGAAAUAGUCCAAUUUAAAUUAUAAAAUCGAUAAGCACUUAUUUCCAAAGUACUUCGACACGACUUUAGUUUUAAGAACACAUCACGGAAUAUAGCCAAAGAUUCAUAUUAACUGUGUGAUAGAUAUACAUCUCAUAGCUCACGGUAUAGUCGAGAUAUAAAGAUAAACAAUAUAUAAUGCAAUAGUUUUAAGAUUAGUUAAGUUCAAUGGUAUAUGUGCUAUAGUGUUACGAGCACGCUAAAUGUAUUUGACUUUUAAACGCAAUGAGUAGGUAUAAUUGCUUCUAAAAUCAUGGACUUUUAAGGAGCUUAGACAAUAAAGUGAGUUUAGAUUUGACAAAAAUUCAGAGCGGAGUCUAAACCAUCUAGGAUACAAGAUCACACGGCAGUGAGAAAUUUGUAAAGGCAAGGAUUUCUAUUGUAUCUAUGAUCGUUUAGCUUCGGUAUAUAAGUUCGCGCCCGUGGUUCAUACGUUUGAAGGCAAGUACUCUGCAUAACAUUAAACUUGAACGGUUGAACAACGUCAGCUUACCCGAAAUUGGGCGCCGUUUGCGAUAUUUAAAUGAACUGUGAGGUCUUUUAGAUUGUUCAUCAGGAGGACAUGGUUUCAAGUCUUCGCAGUUUUCGUAAAGAAAUAUGCCAACCGCGUCCAGUGUUCGGAACACGGACUCGAUAUUUCGUGGUUCUUGUCUCGGGCCAUGGGAUAUUAACUUUGUGUUCACGUACGGGAACUAAUUUAUUUGGAACAACAUUAAAUAUUUAGUGGUCCUUCUGGAACUUCACAACUUUAGUGUUCUUAUUUUCAUGUGCAAAAAGCACUAGUUUUUCUUUUCUUUUCAUUGCUGAUUCCAAAGAUCUUUGGAGUUUCGUGAGUUAAUUUAAUGUUAGGUAUAUUCAAUACAAUAUAUCUAAUGUUUUAAAGACCGUGAGAUUGGACGUCGCUUGAUAUUAAUAUGUCAUAAUUAAACUUUUUAAAUAAAUAAGAACACAAAGUAGUUCGUGAUAGUUCUCGACCACCAAGUGUUCUGUGUGUUCCUUUUUUUGUUUUUAUUUCUUUGUCUGAACAUCAUUUCAGUAUCCACCAGUACUUGGCCACUGCUGGGUAUUUUACAACGUGUUCGGAUUUACAAUGGAACAUGCGUUCAAAUAUUUCGAUUUGUAAGUUCAAAAGCAGGGGCGAAAUAUUUCACAAAAAAUGUUCCCGUUGACCUAAAACACCUCAUUAUGUAGUCAUAGUAAAUGAAGUAUUUAAGGUCGAGAAACAGUGAAUUUUUAAAUUCUAAAUCCAUUUUGCGGUGUAUUUUUCUUUUAAGCGCGUAAUUUAAGAAGCGAUUUACUCGUUGUAUUUGAAAGCGUAUUGGUUAGUGUGGACACGGUCUAAAUCGUUGGCUACUACCGCCACCUAGUGGCGUGAGUUUUGCGUAUGUUGCUUGAUGUGAAGCUUGCAGCCGUUGUAGUUCCUGAGGGCAACGAUAGGUGGCGCUGCAAGCGAACCUGAUUUAGCCCCUUUCACGCUAACGACUCAAUUAUUAAUAAUUAUUAUAGGUAUACCAACAAUAGCAUAAUUAUUGACGUACAUUAUAUAACUAGGGAUGUUUCCACUCGCCUAUUUUUAUUAGAGUAUAGUUAUUUGUGAUAGCCUUCCGUUCAUCGUACCAUACCACGUUGACCUACUCGGGCACUCUGUAUUAGAUUUUAGUUCUCAUGUCGGAUAUUUCGUUCUGAUCUGAAUUUUGCCUGAAUAAAUAUUGCAAACGUCAGUGGUGUUAUUUUUAGGUCAUAAGCUGUGCAAUGUGCAUUCUUACUAAUAAAAUUAAUAAAAGUA